UUCGGUUUGCUAAUUCGAGUCUUGGUUUCCUUCGUCCAUCCGCUCAGCGACGUACGGCUAGCUUGCUUUCCCUUCAUUUGAUCCUUGUCCUGGUGCUGGAAAUAAAAUCUGGGACUUGAAACUGUGUCCGUGCGAUUUUGCCUCGGUCACGAUGCUCUCGGAAGACUCGGACACUGAGGAUAUCCACCAAUUUACCAUCAAUGAGCAUUACGCCAAGGCGUUCGAAUAUCGCAAGGAGCGAGAGGAACUAGCGAAGCUCAAGGAGAAAUAUGGUUCUGACAUCGAGGAGGAUGACGCCGAGGAGGAAGACUCUGAAGAAGACGAGUCGGAAGACGAGGACGGAGAAGAGCUCACUCCUGCGGUUGAUGCCGCCAUUCUGCGGACCUUAGCACGUAUCAGGCGGAAGGAUCCAUCGAUAUAUGAGAAGGACAAGGAUGUGUUCGAGGAGGAAUGGCAAAAGACUGGGGAUGCGUCGAUAGCGCGGGUGCAGAAGGAUAAGUCUAAGCCUCUAAGGAUGCGCCAACACGCGAUCGCAUCCGCGCUCAAGCCAGAAUCAAGAUCUUCCUCCCCUGAGCCGUUGACGCAUGUGCAAGAGCAGGCUGCCCUUCGCCAGGAGACGAUAGCCGCUUUCCACACCGCUGUUGCCGAGGAUGACGACGACGGCUUCUUGAUUCCGCGAGAUAAGACAAAAGAUGACAUUGAGCGGGAGGAGGAAGAGUAUCGUGCGUUUUUGGAGAGGGAGGUCGGGGAGGACCUGAAAGAGAUUGUGACCGUUGAGAUGACGGAGGUCGAGGUGACGAAUGAGGAAGAAGGCGAGAAAGCUGAGAAAAAGAAGAAGAAGAAGAAAAGGAAGGAAGAAGGCAAAGUCCAAAAGAGCAAGCGGGAAGAAGAUCGCGAAUUCCUGAUGAACUACAUUUUGAACCGCGGGUGGAUCGACCGUUCCGCUCGCCGUCUUCCCACUUAUGACGAAAUUACCGCUUCUAAGAAGGGCAAGCGGAAAAGACAAGACGAUCAAUCGGACGCAAGUCUCCACUCUGACGUUGAUGAGGAUGUCAAGGAUGAGAGUGCGCCCGAACAAAGCGAAGGAGAGAAUGAGAAUGAGGAAUUCAGCGAAAAUGAGUUUGACGACAUUGCAGACCGGUUCGAGAGCUCGUAUAAUUUCCGGUUUGAGGAACCAGAUGCCGAUACCAUUGCAAGAUACCCACGAAAUAUUCCCUCGCUAGUCCGGAGGCAGGAUUCAUCGCGUAAGGAGGCUCGUGAAAAGCGUAAAGCUCGUAAGGAAGAGGAGCUUCUUAAAAAGAAGGAGGAGAUCAAGCGGCUCAAGGCACUGAAGAUGAAAGAGAUUCGCACCAAAUUGGAGAUGAUUGGGCGAGAAGGCGGGAAGAGUUUGGAAGCCAGCAAAGCGUUACAAGAGCUUGACUUGGAGGGCGAUUGGGACCCGGAGGCCCACGAGCGACAGAUGGCUGAGCUGUACGAGCGUGACGACGAGGGCGAGAUCGAUGACGAAGAGAAACCUGACUGGGACGAUGACAUCGACAUUACGGACAUCGCCCCUCCAGAAGAGGAAGCGUCCACGUCAAAGAAGUCCAAGAAAAAGAAGAAAAAGAAAUCGGUUGAUGAUGAUAGGAUGGAUGAGGGCGGAGUGGACGUCGACGAGAUGGAUGCGGAAGCGGAAGAUCCUGCCAUUGACGACGAAGAGUGGGACGGGACGGAAGAUAUGCGUAAGCGCAGACUGGAUGAGUACAUGGACGAGCUCUAUGGGCUGGAGUUCAACGACAUGGUUGGCGAUAUGCCCACGCGGUUCAAAUACACCAAAGUUUCUCCUCAGAUCUUCGGGCUCUCACCGGCCGAGAUCCUCGUGGCGACGGAUGCAGAGCUGAACUCGUACAUGGGCAUCAAGAAGUACGCGCCGUACCGGAAAGGCGGACAGUGGGACCAGACGCGCGGAGCCAGGCUGAAGGAGCUAAAGGACUCGCUGCGAGAACGUGGUGUUGAUACCAGACCCGAAGGAAAAGGCGAGAAUGCGAAGAAGAGGAAAGGCAAGAAGGAGCGGAUGAAGGAGCGCGGGGCUGCCAUUGAUAUAGCGACAUCGGGAGAGCCUAGCAAGGAGGAUGAGAGCAGUGCCACAGGGCGCCAGGAUGCGGGAAAGAAGGCGAAGCGGAAGUCCCCCGAGUCUGGCGACGCUGCGGAGGAGGCGGAGCAAAAUGCGCAGGAACAAGGCGCCGUUUCGAAGAAGAGGCGGAGACGGCACAGGAAGUCGGAGCAGGCGUAGAUGCUGUCGAAAGGGGGGCUUAUAAUUCUGCGUCAAUCUCAUUGCGGUCGUUCAGCAGAUCGCAUCUGGUACUUAUGUGCUGCAGGCGUGUGAUUUUCUAACACUAAUGGCAUGGACCUGCCUCAUAAUGAGCUCACACCUCGUCAUGGCACUGGGGGCCUAGUGUCGCGUGGUGGACCUGUAGGGGCUCAGU